AUGUCUUCCCAUCUGAGGCUUCAAUCCUCCUUCGAACCCGUUGCAGCAAACGCAACCUACCAGACCCAGACAUCGCCCGCCCUCCGUCCAGCCAAGAAGCAGAAGAUGUCCCUCACCCAGACAUACUACGUCGCGUCCACCGCGCGCUCCAAGCUGGGCCGCGAGGCACAACGAGCCGACCACAACCUGCGAUUGCUCGUCGGUCAUGCCAACCUGCUGGACACCUUGAUGGUCGAGCUCGCCGACGCCGAGAGGGAACAAGAGGCCUGGUUCAACCAAUCCGUCAAGAAGGCCUCCAAGCCCGAGGAACCGCGACACAUCCAAUGGAUCGACACCAUUGCGGAGGAGGAAGAGAGUGACGACUCGGACAUGGAAUCGGACGAUGGCUCCGACAUCUACGACGAGGACGAGGACGAGGACAUGUUCAACAUCCCCCUCCGCAACAUCCGACUACCACCCAUCGAGAUCUCUUCGCAAGAGCUCGACGCAGACAUGGACGCCGACGACGAGGACGACGACGAGCACUCCCUCACUCGCGUCGUCUCGCACCACUCCCCGCCCGAACUCACCCUCGACUCCGACUCGGACUCGGAAGACGAAUCGAUGCCUUCCUCCCCCGACCAACCCACUUUCGAGCUCAGCGAGAAGGACCGCCAAUCCAUAGCGACGACCGGCUUCUACGACAUCAAAUCGACACAAGGCAUGGAAGACUACAUCCUCCGACAACCCCAGCAACCUCUCAUCGCGGCUUGCUGA